AUGAUAUUAUUUGUAACAUUCUACAUUAUAUUUUCAUAUUUCAUAAUAAUUAAUGGUGAUGUAAAAGUAAACAUUAAAUAUGGAACUAUUGAAGGAUUUGAAUAUAAAUGUGUUAAAGGAAAAAAUUAUAAUGUUUUUCUAGAUUUGAGGAAAAAACCAGAAGAACCAGAGAACUGGGACAAUAUUUUAGAAACAAAAAAAUAUGGAAAACAAUGUUUACAAAUAAAUAGAGAAGAAACAUUUUUAGAAAGUGGUGAAGAUUGUCUUUUCUUAAAUAUAAUACAACCAAAAAUUAAGAAAAAUACUAAUGAACUUUUACCUGUUCUUGUAUGGAUUCAUGGUGGUGGUUAUUCAGUAGGAUCAUCUAAUCUUUAUAAUUAUAAAAAUUUAAUUGAUUCAUUUGCCAAUCAAGAUAUAAUUGUUGUUUCAAUAAAUUAUCGUUUAGGUAUUUUUGGAUUCUCAUCAUUUGGAGAUAAGAUUAUGCCAGGUAAUUAUGGUUAUUGGGAUCAAUCGUUAGCAAUUAAAUUUAUACAUCAAAAUAUUAUAAAAUUUAAUGGUGAUAACAAAAAGAUAACUAUUUUUGGACUUUCUGCUGGUGGUAGUUCUGUAGGUGCAUUAAGCAUCAGUCCCCAUACUCGUGAUUAUAUUUCUAAAGUUAUUGAAAUGUCAGGUAGUACCUUAUCAAAUUGGGCAUUAGGUAAUGAUACAAUUGUACAUUCAACUAAAGAGAUAAGUCAUGCUGUUAAUUGUAAUAAAAUUGAUAAUGAAAGUAUUAAAAAUUGUUUAAAAUCUAAAAGUGUAGAUGAAUAUCUUGAUGGUAUUGAAAAAAUUGGUACAUCAUUAGUAGAUAUAUCUUUAUUAAAAUAUAAACCAUCUUUUGAUAAUGAUUUUUUUCCAAAAUCAAUUGAAGAUCUAAUUAAAGAAAGUCCAAAAAUUCCAACUUAUAUUGGUUUUACAAAUGAGGAAGGAAUAUUUUUUACAUUACUGGGAUUUUGUAAAAGUGUUAAUAAAAUUUUAAUAGAACCUGAAGAUUUUCAAAAUUAUGAUGAAAAAAAAUUUUAUGAAGAUGUCAAAAAAUUAGUAUCAACAGAAAAAAGAUAUGGAGAAAAUUAUUUAAAAGUUACAGAUGAAGUAGUAAAGUUUUAUGUUAAAAAAGCAGAAAAAAUUGAACCAGAAUUAAAUUAUAGAAGAUAUCUAAUAGCAUAUACCCAAUUGGCUUCUGAUCUUAUAAUUGCAUUAUCAACAUUAUGGGAAGCAGAAUUGAAAGCAGAAGCAGGAUGGCCAAUAUGGUUAUAUCAUAAUACACAUUAUAAUCCUAGUCAUUAUAAUAAAAGUUUUCCAUUUUGUGGUUCAACACAUGGUCAUGAAUAUCCUUAUAUGUUUAAAAUAAAUUUUUUUAAUAAAUUUGAAUGGAAUGAUGAAGAUGAAUUAUAUUAUAAUAAUCUUGUUACAAGUAUUGGUAAUUUUGUUAAAUAUGACUCUCCAUCUACGAAAAAUUUUGAAUGGAAACAAUAUACAAAUACAGAAAGGGAGUAUUUAGAAAUUAAUGAUAAACCAUCAAUAAAAAAAAAUCUUAUAAAAGAAAGUUCAGAUUUUUGGAAAUACAUCAGAGAUAAAUAUAAUUAUGAUAUAAUUAGUGAUUUUCCAUAUUUAAAAAAAACCAAAGAUGAAUUGUAA